UCCAAAGGUAGGCUACUUCCAAAAGACCCACUAUUUAAAAGCAUGUACUUCCCUACAAGAACUCCAAUAGAAUUACAUUAGAAUCCAGUCUACAUUGGUGUGAAUCAUGAGGUCAUUGGCCCUAGCUUUAAUCCUGUGUGCGCUACUUCCACUGCUCCAUGCUUAUUGCUACAGCAAAGCUGUGACUUCUGACCCGGGCAAAACCCAUUGUCGUGACGACAAGGACAAGACAUGGCAUCCUGUUGGUUCCCGCUGGAGGAACAGUGAUUGCAUGGACUGCACUUGUAAUUCAUGCUGCUCGGGGUAUGCAACUCCCGUAGAUUUUCCUGGUGAUUGCAUGAAGGAGUGGGACCAAAAGGCAUGUGAAUUCAAGGUGGUUAAGAAGAGUGAUCCCUCCAUUUCAUGCCCUAUCUUCAGCUCUGUGGGGAAGUGAAUUGUUUUCUUCACUGUGUUCUCAAUAUACAGUGAAUUACAUCUAUUGUGUCAGCUUACUUUGUGUCAAAUGUGAAUGUUCUGGUGUCUGAUUAAUUGGAUUGGUUGAAUAUAAAUGGUAAAAACAUCAUGAUACAAAUGAAAAAGAAAGAUACGUGUUAGUGUGCAACUUUCUGUUUCAUUUGUAUAGAUCAUCCUCUGUUACUCAGCACUUCACCUUAGGGUGUCCGUGCUUUUUUUACUUCAAGAACAUCAUGAUAGAUGUUAACUGUCAUUUACUGCCGGAAAAAUAUCAAUACACAAAGAUGUGAGAGUGUUUUUGUAAGGUCUAGUUUAAGCCAGUAAAAAAUACUUAAAAUAGCUAUUUGCAGGUUGCAGUGUUGCAAAAUUCCCCAAAAGUUUACACACCCUUUACUGACAGUGUUUGUUUCAGGUCAUUGACAUAUUUGUUUUGUGGUUAUGACAUUUUUAGUUAAUCUAUUCCCAAUGCAGAAGAAACUGAAUGUAACAGGUUUUAAGUUUAGAGGGGUUUACUACAAAGCAACCAGAAAUAACAAUUGAUUUUAUGAUUUAUUAAAUGUCUUUUCGUUUGUUAAAUUAAUUAGACCAUGCCCAUUUCAAGGUUAUCUUUCUACACAUUAAAAAGUUAAAUCAGUAUAUUUAUGCUGGUUAAAGUAUUAUCCUCAGGUAAACAGACUGAAACUCUCAAAGACAAACUAGCCAUCUGGUGGUGACAGUCAGUAUGACAAGGUUCCAUACCAGGAGAAUAUCAAAUAAAACUGUAUUUGUCACAUGCACCGAAUACAACAUUUGUAGACUUAACACUAAACAUUUAAUGGUAAAGUCUACACCUGUUAUAUUUAGUGCAUGUGACAAAUACAUAUUUGAUCUUAUGAGCUCCUGGUAGUGAUUGACACCACUAGAUGGCAGUAGAAGGGGAUAGUUUGUCUUUCUCUCACCUCUGUCUUCAUUACUGCCUCAACCAUGAGAAAAAAGGAAAAGAAAGUCAGGGAGUUGUGGAAGGAGYCUUUAAGUUAGACACAAUUACAUAGGUUUCUCUGGAGCUGCCUGGAAUACACUUCCCCUGUCCUACUUCCCAACAGUAAGAAAAGAGCAAAAGAAAAAGGCGAGAUAAGAGGAGUGGGCUAAUAUGAGGCUCAGUGCAUGUGUGUGUAGCCUGUGCUUGUCCCCGAGCCAGUGAUGAGAGCCUCCUGACUAAAUUGAGACAGACUGGAUUCAUAGCAUCAGUGCAUUCUCUGCCUUCCACUUCACCCUUUUGGAUUAGUUAUGUUCAAUGCUGAAGAAUAUUGGAUGAAGAUACAGAAAUAAGGAAUCCUUUUUUCUCCACUUGUUUUCCAAGGUGGUGUUAUUCUUCCUCUCAUGUGAAAUAGCUCCUCCAAACUUGAAUAAUGUAUUUAUAUGGGUGCAGAGGCUCCUGGUUACCAGUGCUGCUUGGUGCUGUAAGUGCGCUGGUGGUGCUGACAGCUGGUAACGCUGGGCACAACCAGGACAGUUGAAAUCUAUCACUUUGUGGAACAUCUGGCUCACAAGUUCAUAAGUCCACAGCUGCGCAUGUCCUUCAUUGUGUUCUCUACUGAGGGAAGGAUUUUGAUGCGGCUUACAGAGGACAGGGAGCAGAUUCGUAAAGGUCUGGAGGAGCUCCAGAGGGUACUUCCAGGUGGAGACACCUUUAUGCACGAAGGCAUCCAGAGGGCCAGUGAGCAGAUAUACUAUGGAAACUCUGAAGGAUACCGUACCGCAAGUGUCAUUAUCGCUCUCACUGAUGGGGAGCUGCAUGAGGACCUCUUCUACUAUGCUGAGAGGGAGGCCAACCGAUCGCGGAGUCUGGGUGCCUCAGUAUACUGUGUGGGGGUGAAGGACUUCAAUGAGACACAGCUGGCAAUGAUUGCUGAUAGCAAGGACCAUGUCUUCCCAGUGGAUGACGGCUUUGAAGCACUGCAGGGUGUCAUUGAUUCGAUCUUAAAGAAGUCCUGUAUUGAGAUCCUGGCAGUGGAACCCUCCAGUAUCUGUGCAGGAGAAACGUUCCAGGUGGUGGUGAGAGGAAACGGCUUCCUCCAUGCUCGGAAUGUCCAUAAGGUCCUGUGCAGUUUCCGAAUCAACGACACACUCACCAAGAGUGUGAAGCCACUAAUAGUGGAAGAUACAUAUCUCCUCUGUCCUGCCCCUAUUCUACAGGAAGAGGGAAUGGCAGCCAACCUCUAUGUCAGCAUGAAUGAAGGRCUGAGUUUCAUCUCCAGUUCAGUCACCAUUACAACUGUGAGCUGUUCUGAUGGAACCAUCCUGGCCAUCGCCCUGCUCAUCCUCAUGAUGCUCUUAGUCUUCAUGCUGCUCUGGUGGUUCUGGCCUCUCUGCUGCACUGUGAUGAUCCAUGAGCCACCACCACCAGUACUGGAAGACAGUUCGGAUGAGGAAGAAGAUGGGAUGCCCAAGAAGAAGUGGCCCACGGUUGAUGCUUCCUAUUAUGGGGGUAGAGGUGUGGGUGGAAUCAAAAGGAUGGAGGUGCGUUGGGGUGAGAAAGGCUCUACUGAGGAGGGAGCCAAGCUGGAGAAGGCCAAGAACGCCAGGGUGAAGAUGCCCGAGCAGGAGUUUAUACAGACCCCGACUCGCAUCCUCAACAAUGGCACGCGCAAGCCUCCUGGCCCUCAUAAGUGGUACUCACCAAUUAAGGGCAAGCUGGAUGCUCUGUGGGUUUUGCUGAGGAAAGGCUAUGACCGUGUGUCUGUGAUGCGACCACACCCAGGAGAUAAGGGCCGAUGCAUGAACUUCACCCGGGUCAAGUUCAAUCCUCCUCCUUGCUACCCCCACUACAACCAUCACUCAGUCCCCAUCUACACCCCUCCAAGAGGCUGCAACCCACCACCUCCCCAAGGCAAACUCCCCCUUCCUACCGGCAGCCCCCCAGCCUCCCCCUCUCCAUCCUCCACCUCCACACUGCCUCCACUGCCCUCAAAACCCCCUCCUUUUUCUACCACUCCUCUUCCUCCCAUUACUCCACCUCCUACCAUCACACCCCCACCUUACACUCCUCCUCCAACUCCAGCCCUUCCUCCAACCACUCUGCAUAUACCCCCUCCUCCUAUGUGCCCCCCUUCCCCGCCACACCCUGCAUCCCCAACCAGCUCCCUGCCCCCAACCCCUCAGGCCCCUCCUCCAGGACAAGGCUCUCUGCCCCCACCCCCUGCCCGCCCACCACCACGCCCCUCUCUGUAAAUCCUCAGCAGUGAUUGGGAGGGCAGGGGUUGACUAGUACUAGUACAAGGAAGAUCAACAGGAAUCACAACUGUCCCCUCAUUCUACUGCCACCCAGGAUAUCUGUGUGGCUCACACACUUGUCAGCUAUUUGUUUACAGUGGCCCAUGUACACAUGUAGGUCAAGAGUACAAAGAGAAGUUGUAUUUGAGGUUCCACGGAUAUCUCCUGAUGGACAGCUUUCGUUAUAGACAGAUCUAUGUUGUCCAUAGCUGGCCAGGUCUGCACAAAACACUGUUACCUUGCCAUGGCAAUAAGGGCUAAGCCCAUCUGUCCAUUCUACAACCAACAGAAGAAUGGAUGGAUAUCGUCGUAACAAAGUAAAGCCAAGUGUUGGAUGGUUGCCUGUUUUWAAAAAAUUAACUGAGGCUCUUGAGAGAUGGCUGAGGUAUUAAGUUCAGAAAGAAAUUGAGAGAUGUCUCCAAAUGACAUUCCGAUAAUGUAUCAGUCUGAAUUUUCCACAUGCAAUAUUUGUUUUUCAKUGACAAACAAGUUAUUAUGAGCAGCGGAAGGAUUCUUAGAAUCACAAAAAUGUCCCAGUGCCAAAUGCCCUGCUGCAUUGCACAAUUACUGUCGAGGACAAUGUUUCUUAAUGACAGCAUAAAGGAUGAUUUUACGCCUUAAAUGUGCCUUUAAUUAAAAACAGAAUGUUAUUGGAGAGCAAUUACAUUCCAGUGGUUUAAGUAAUUUGUUCAUCCAUGUGACAGUGUUUGAUUCAUAUGAUGGGUCUUUGUUAGUUUAUAGCAUUCCUAAAAUGCUUUAUACAUAUAGCGUGUAUAAAUAUGUCUUACUUUUUGUCCAUUCAGUGUUGGAUAACUAUUUUGCAGAGUAUGAUUGUUGUGGUGAAAAAAAUWAUCAUUACGAAUAAAUGACAAUAAAUGUG